GCCAAUUUCAUCACAGAUUUCUGCUAUUCAUACGCAAUGGAUUCAACUUCUUUAACCAUUUCAUCAUCUUUCAUUUUCCGCAAUUCAUCGCAGAUAUUACUUGCCAUUAGAAAGAUUCAAGACGGUUUGUGUUUCGAGAGGAACAAAUUCUCCAAGAUCUUCGCGGUCUAUCCCAAUGGCUCUGCUUCUGGGCCGGGGGAUUUUUCAGCUGCAGAUGUUCACAGACAACGAAGUGCUUUUGAAUCUUUAUUUUGCUAUGAUAAGGCUAUUCCGGAAGAAAUAAUUGAGAUGCCUGUUGGAAUAUCUCUGGCAGAGAAAAUGAUUGGAGAUAAUCCCCGUUGCACUGAUUGUCAUGCUAAAGGUGCUGUUCUUUGCACAACUUGCUCCGGGUCGGGAUUGUAUGUCGACUCGAUAUUGGAGAGCCAGGGAAUCAUUGUGAAAGUUGUGGUGGAACUGGUAAUACCAUGUGUUCAGAAUGCGGCGGUCUUGGUCACCUGGGAUCUAAAUGAGUUCCAAAGACUCGUUUCGAACGUUUUGUCUUGAACCGCCCCCAGCUUUAAUAUUGGGCAUGGAUUAUGCAAUGAUGAUGAGAUAUAUUAAUCUUGAAAUUUAGUGAAGAUUGAUAGAGUUCAUCUUUCAUUUAAGCAGCUUGUCUUGCCAUAGUUUGGAGCAAUUAUAUCUGAUUCAGUUCAACUUACUCCAUAGUGUUCAUUUCCCUCAAGAUGUGUACUUGUUAGUCAAACCGACACGAAUUCUUUCUGAACUGACUACGAAAUCAGAAAUAUAUGAACUUCAAGGAAAGUUUUCAUAAAUUACUGCA